CUGGCAACAUCUAUUCAUUGUUUAUUUUGUUUUUGUAAAAAUUGUGAUUCGAUCAUAUUUUUUAAAAAAAUCUUUAUUUGAAUAUCAUAAUGUCGUUCAGAUUGUAUCCGAAAUACGUCAAAGGUAAUCCCCAAUUGAGAAUUUUUCUGCCUAACUUUUGGAUGAAACUUGUCAAACCUCCUAAAAAUGUGCCAGCCAACCAAGUGCAUUUCAUAGUACCAUUUGAAAUGACUGCAGUUGAUGUAAAGAAUUACCUGGAAAAAAUAUAUGCAGUUCCUGUUGCUCAAGUUAGGACUCAGUUGUAUACUGGGGACAUAAAGAAAAAUUUUAAAAAUUAUCUUAUAAAAGAAGAAGAUUACAAAAUGGCAUUUGUCACUUUGCCGGAAGAAGUGAAAUUUGAGUUUCCGGAUCUUUUCCCUGCAGAAAAAAAGGAUAAACUUGAUAAAGAUUAUAAAAGAAUAACAGAUCAAGUAAAAGACUUAAUGAAACAGAGGCGACGAAAUUGGGACAGGAGGGAUAUUCCUAGUUGGUUUGGAUUGUAAGAUAAAUGCAUUUGAAAUUCUGUGUGAUUUUUUAUGUACAUUAUGAAAAUGUAGUUUAAAAUGUAUUCAUAUUUCAUUAAAGCUUUCAUGAACUGAACUAAA